AUGGCACCCAAAACUAGCGGCCAAACCCGUCAGGCUGGUAAAUCUCGUCAAGCUGGUAAUACAAAAUCAGGAAAAAGAGCACCAUCAAAGUCAGUAUCAAAAUCGAAACAUCCAGCAUAUACGGCUAUGGUUAAAGAAGCGCUUGAAGCAUUAAAUAAACGUGGUGGAACAUCACGUCAAGCAAUCUUAAAUCAUAUCGUGGAAACACAUGGUAUUCAACGCGGUUUAUCAGUCAAUUCGCAUUUACGUACAUCGUUGAAAAAAAUGCUCGAUAAUGAAGAAAUAACUCAGGUUUCAGGUUCAGGUGCAAAUGGUUUUUUUAAAAUUAAAUCUUCGAAAAAAUCAAAUACCCAAAAAAGUUCAAAUACUCGUGGUAGAUCAUCAUCAAAAAAUUCGACUAGAAAACGUUCUUCUAGUCAAGGUGGUGGUUAUUCAAAUAAUCGUAGUCAACAAAAAUCACCUAGCAAGAACCGGUCCGCUACAAAGGGGCGUUCUGCCGGAAGAAAAUCAGGUGGUGCUACUAAUUCCAAAUCAAAAUCAGUGAAACGAUUUCCUUCUUCAUCGGUGCGACAAGGAUCGAUGCCCGGGCGGCACCCUGUUCGAUCAAAAAUUUCUGACGUUGAUACUGGUAUUGAUUUACCAUCAAUUGUUGUUUUGGGUGAACAAAGUUCAGGAAAAAGCAGUGUGCUGGAAGCCUUAUCGGGCAUUAAUUUGCCGCGAGGUGGACAACAUAUGACAACAAAAUGUCCAUUAGAGAUACGAAUGCGAAAAGCAGAUGAUUGGCAUGCAUCAUUGGAAAGUAAAAAUAGAAUAAUACAAGACAAUAUUCAGAACCACCAUGAUGUUGGUCAUUAUAUACAGUGUGAGCAAGAUCGUGUCACACACGGAAGGGAUCAAGUUUCAAAACAAGUUUUAUCAUUGAAUGUUCAGGCGCCGUGGUUACCAAAUUUGACACUGAUUGAUCUACCAGGUAUUAUUCAAAUAGCAUCAACAAAUCAAGAUAAAUCGUCUGUGCAAAUUAUUGAAGAACUUAUUGCUGAAUAUCUCAACAAACCGUCAACAAUUAUAUUGGCCAUCAUACAAAGCAACAAUGAUAUCGAGACUUCAGCUGCCAUUAAAUUUGCGAAAGUGUAUGAUCCAGAUGGUGAAAGAACCAUUGGCAUAUUAACAAAAGUUGAUCUAGUCGAUCGAGGGGCCGAAGAUAAAUUGUUAGAAGUCUUUCAUAAUAAACGAAUACCUUUAAAACAUGGUUAUCAUAUGGUCAAAUGUCGAACGCAAGAAGAUAUUGAUAAAAAUGUUGAACUUGAUGAAGCUCUUCGUAGAGAAGAACAAUUUUUCAUUAAAUCAUCAAAAUUUCAAUCGAUACCAGCUGAGAGACGCGGUUGUCCGGCAUUAGCACGUCUUUUAACAAAAGAACUUAUUCGCAAUAUCAAACAUUCACUCCCACGUUUAACUGAAUGUCUGAAUACAAAAAUAAAAAAUAUUGAACAACAAUUUCAAUAUUACGGCAUCGAUGAUUAUAAUCUAUUAACAACUGAAUUGAGAACACAACAUAUAACAGAAUUGCUAUUUACAUCAAUGCAAAAAUUUCGAGCAGAACUACACAAAGUGGAAGAAGGAGCUCAAAUUAAUAACCCAUUGUAUCAUUUUAUUCAUGAAAUGAACGAUAAUUUUUAUAAUAAAAUGCACGAAACUAAAAUCGAGGGAGCCAAUUUAAUUCGUUUUAUUAAAGAAGCGAUGUAUGCGUGUCAGGGCCCGGAACCAAGCGAUUACAUUUUAUUUCGGGUGACAAAAACAGUAUGUUUAAAUUAUAUUAAAGAUAUCCGUCAGCCGAUGGAGAAAUAUUUGAGUGCAAUGAUUGAAAAAACAAAUCAAGUCAUAUCGAAUAUAAUCGAAAAGUUUUUCUAUCUUCGACCAAAUUUAUUACAACGGAUGUACAAUAUUCAUGAGGAAAUUGAAAAAAAAUUGAAGAGUGAUUGUUAUAACGAAUUAGAAUUGUUAUUAGAAAUGGAAGAAACAUUUGUUUAUGCAGAUAACCACAUCUAUCGCGAUACACUUCAGCAAAUGAAACAAUCUAUACGUACACGAGAUUCGUUAACAUCAAUUUCAAGAACUGUUUAUCCAACACCUACAGUAGCAACAACAUCGAUGUCUACAUUAAAACGUCAAAUCGAUGAGGAAGAUGAUGAAUCACCACCGCCGCCAGUCAAAAUAUUGCGAACGAAUGCAAGCCAACCAUCAUCAUCACGUAGCGGUUUAUCAGCAUAUACUCGUCCACAUACUGAUUUUGUCUCAUCUACAAUUGGCAUACCGAUGAUAUCAUCAUCCAACCAUUCCAUUCUUCAUCAUCAUUCACCAGAUUUAAGUGAAGAAAUUCUUGAAUAUAAAAUUCGGAUAUUAGCAACAUGUGAUGUUAUUUGUAAACGUAUUGUAUUAUCCUAUCCACAACGUUGUGAAUGGUUAAUUGUUCGUAAACAAUUUCAACAACUCGAUUUAAGAUCAUCGAUAUUAAAUAAUACUAGUUUGGAAAAUCUUGACUUUUUGAUGGCUGGUGAUCCGGAAACCGAGAAAAAACGCGAAGAAUUGAUUCAUAAACGGACCAUAUAUAAAGAAGCUGUCAAAGAUUUACAAAAACUUGAGCAAAAUCAGCGAACGUAA